CCUCGAAAUGACCCUAGAAAUGUUUUGCGACCACGUGGAUGCAUCGGAGUUCUUGGAGUUGCAGAAACUUUUGAUGUCUCGCUCGAGCUGUAACUAUCUUUCCGGUCUUCACAAAGCCGAACGGUUCUUCGAACCGACGAUCGAUGGAAAAAGGCUAGCACCGUCGAGCAAAAAUGCCAUGUUUACGCCAGAUGUGGCCAGCCUGAACUAUGUUUUGAACGCUUGCGAUAAAAGCCUGGCGAAUAAAGCCCGCAGUGACGAAACAGAGAGCGUGGACUGCAAGGCGAGACGGGACAGUGUGGCAGCGUUUGCUCACGAGUUGUUUAACGCUUUGGUUGUUUUGGGGAAUGAAAAUGCGCCCAUUGUGACGCGUCGUAGUGGCCAUGCUAAGGAAACUUCGAGUUUGGAGCUGGAAACUACAUUGAA